GUGACCGGAAGUAUGUAAUAGUAGUAAUAGUAAAGGUAGUUUUGACAGUUUUAGUAAAACUUCUUAUUAACUAAUAAUCAACUAAAUAAAUACGUUAAAUACAUCGGUUUUCAAAUGUCUUACUGGGUCUGCUGCAAUUCCUGCUUUGGUUCACCCAGCGCAGACCGCAAACUGGCUGUCACCUCCUGUGGUCAUGUCUUGUGUAGUGUCUGUUAUCAGAAAGGCAACCCAGGGGAAUGUUUCAUUUGCAGCACCCAAUGCCAAGUAUCACCUCUCUCAGAUAAAAGCAGCUCUGAUGUGAAGGCCUUGUUCUCUGACAUCAAAACAGUGGCAACCAAACACGUAGCAGAGAUCAGCAAAGUUAUGAUGUUUCAGACAAGACAUCAGAAGCGGCUUUUGACUCACUUUCAGCAAAGGAAUGAGAAACUAGAGGAGGUGUUAGUCAAGAUGAAACAAGAAAUGCAGCAGAUGAAGAGGAAGCUGAAUGAACAGAGUGCCUACAUUGCUCAGCUGGAAAACUCACUUCAACAUCAGAGUAUUAAGCUGUCAACAGUGCCUCAGAUCAGCCGCAGUUCCCAUACUCCACAAGGGCAUAAACCAGUCCUACAGAUUCCCUUCAAUUCCACUGUGUCCUUCUCACGACACUCACCAGUCACUAACAUCAUUGAAAACAUGGAGGUAGAUGAAAGGAGUCUGUGCAGGAAACCUGACUCUGUAUCCAGACUGUCAAUAAUCAAGCCGCCACAAGACGGACGAAUGGGUGGUAUCCCUUGCAGGUCAUCCAACCAAAACAUGCCAGCCGCCCACUCUGCAUGCUCAGCCACAGUCAGUCGUUUUCAAGGAGCACCUUUGACCUCAGAGAUGCCAUACAGCCAGAGCUCUGGAUGGAAGUCUCUCAUCUUCAAACCUCCGGCCUCCUUCAGACACUCCAUGUCCUCUCCGGCCUGCCCUCCUCCUUAACAUAAACACACAUUUAUUGUCUGUUAUGAAGCCUGUAGAGGGAGUGCCUUUGGCCACAUGACACCUCUGUAGAGGUGUUGAUAAUUUUUGCAAAGUUAUCUGUGAGUUGAUUUUAGCCAUUCUUUAUGUACAUGUAUAAUUAAAAACAUCCAGCUUGAGUCCAUAAGCACUGUUAUGAACUCUGUUAACCCAUUUGUGUUAAACUGCAAUUUUCU